AUGGCCGAUCAGAUUAACGAGAAGCCUGAGGUUGAGGCAACUGCUUCCGGCGCGCAGGAAGUUCCUGCCGCAGAGAAGCCCACUGAGCCAUCGUCGAUCGGAAACGAUGCCGCAAAGGCCGAUGGCGAGGCAAACGAGGAAGAUACAAAGACCGCUGAGGAAACCAAGGAAGCUGGAAACUCAGAGAAGCCCGCCCAAGAUAAAGACGCGGCCGAAGCACCAAAGGAGGACUCAAAGCCCACUGAAGACGGUGCAGAUACCGAAAUGAAGGACGCGACUGAGGCCCUGGCUGCCGGGGAGACCAAGCCCGAGAACUCCGCUCCAUCUGCCGAUGGUGAGACAGCAACCGAAAACGCCGCCACUGAGUCUGCCUCAGCUAAGGCGAAGAACAAUAGACGAAAGUCGACUGGCGGUGGCAGCCGCAAGAGCCUGAGCAAGAAGGCCUCCAAGGCGCGUCUCACGCAUUUGGACGCCAAGCCUGGAGACCACUUCUUGGUCAAGCUCAAGGGUUUUCCCGCUUGGCCUGCCAUCAUUUGCGAUGAAUCAAUGCUGCCACAAGCUCUUGUCGAUAGCCGCCCUGUAGCUGCUGCGCGACCUGAUGGCUCCUAUACCGAGGCAUACGCUGAUGGUGGCAAACGUGUCAACGACAGAACCUUCCCAGUCAUGUAUCUCCAUACGAACGAAUUUGGCUGGGUGCCCAAUACUGGACUUACAGAGCUUACUCCUGAAAAGGCCCGAGAGACCAUCACCGAGAAAAUGCGCAAGGACUUGAAGGAGGCUUUCUCGCUCGCCGCCGAACACAACUCUAUCGAACACUACAAGGACGUGCUUAAGCAAUUUCAAGAUGAACUGCUUGCCAAGCAGCAAGCUGCUGCGACACCCAAGAAGAGCAAGAAGGGCAAGGCCAAAGCUGCUGACGAAGACGUCGAGAUGGAAGACGCCGACGAUGCUUCAGAAAAGUCCAAGUCCAAGAAGCGCAAGGCUGAGGAUGACGCUAGUACACCACAACGACCCGAAUCCGUCAAGAAACCCAAGAUUAAGCUCAAUACAUCAACGCCCAAGGCUGCCAAUGGCACUCCUAAGACCAAGGAGGAAUCUGCUGCCAAAGCCAAGGUCAAGGUCAAGAAGUCGUCUGAUAAGAAGGCUGAGACCACCAAGAAGGCCAAGAUGACACCUGAGGAGCGAAGGCAUCACAAGGAGAAGGAAGUGUUAUAUCUCCGUCAUAAGCUUCAACGAGGUCUCCUCACCAGAGAUCAGCAACCCCAGGAAUCAGAGAUGGAGCACAUGUCCGAAUACGUCACCAUGUUGGAGAAUCUGAAGGAUCUUGAGGUGUCCAUCAUUCGUGCGACCAAGAUCAACAAGGUUCUCAAAGCUAUUCUCAAAUUGGAAUCGAUCCCCCGUGAGGACGAGUUCCAUUUCAAGGACCGUUCCAAGGUUCUUCUGGACCAGUGGACUCAGCUACUGGCUACUGAAAAUGCCACUCCUGCUCCCGAUGUCACCAACGGCGUCAAUGGCAAGUCGGAAGCCAAGCCAGAUGACAAGAAGGACGAUAGUGGCAAGGAGACUACUGAAGAACCAAAACCCGAGGCCACAAAGACGGAAGAAGCCAAGACUGAGAAGCCCGGGGAGACCGAGGAGGAGAAGAUUGCGGAAACACCACAAGCAUCAGCGUCUGAAGAGAAGAAGGACGAGGUCGCAUACAUAUUUGACCCUGAAAACGAUGGGACACGCCAAAAGCCAGCCAAGCGGAGAAGAAGAUCUAAGCAGGGCCAGGAUUCUGCAGAAGUGGUGAAAGAUUCAUCAGCUUUUGUGCCUCUUCUCAAUGGUGCUGAGAAAUCCGAACUCGUCAAAUUAAGGGAGAGAUUGUUCCAGGAGAGCUGGACCAAGAUUGAUGAACGGAUCGAGGUGAGUGGACGAAGCUUGUUCACCGGAUAUGUCGCUCACAUGGAUCAGAGAAUACUCAAGACUUCAAAUAUCGAGACUCUCAAUGAAGUCAGCGAGUUUGUCAAAGACGCGGUGACAGAAUCUGGGGAUAGAAUCCCUUCAGCAUUCAUCAUCACAGGACCUAAUAUCGCAUCACAAGAUCUGCUUUUUCAACAAUUAUCGGAGACACUUGAGCAAACAACAUCGAGCAAGUUUGUUGGUUUGCGGUCAUCAGAGGCAUCGACGCUGAAAGCCACUUUGAAGAAGAUUAUUCGAGACGUCACAGCCAAGGCCUCGACUGAUGAGGACGAUGAUCUUGAAGUCAGCGACGGCCGAGAGGGACGGAGGUAUCUCGACUAUGAUCUUGAGGCACUAUAUGCAUUUAUCAGGCCCCAAAAUGUAGAGCAUGUGUUUGUCGCCUUUCAAGACAGUGAAGGGUUCGACAGCAGUUUAUUAUCGGAUCUGAUCAUUCUCUUCAACUCUUGGCGCCCUCGUAUACCGUUUACUCUCCUUUUUGGCAUCGCCACAUCAGUCGAGCUUCUCCAAGCCAGACUACUCAAGACUUCCUGUCAGCAAAUUUAUGGAGCGCAAAUUGACGUAAUUCAGACCUCGGCCAUUCUCGAGACAGUCUUCAAAACAGCGGUAGCAACAUCUGAUGCUCCUGUCGUACUGGGUGCAUCGCUCAUCCGCAGCCUGCUUGAUCGUCAGCACGACCAGGUUUCAGGCAUCCAGACGUUCACUAUGUCGUUGAAGUACGCUUAUAUGUGUCAUUUCUAUGCGAAUCCACUCAGCGUUCUCGAGCAUACCGCAUCGUUACAAGCUGAGCAUAUCGAGGCCAUUCGGCAUACUGAUUCUUUCAGGGAAAAUGUUGAGCAGGCAGUAGAAUCUGGCAUCUUGGAUAAUGUGCAAUACGCCAAAGAUUUGCUUGAGAACGACGAGUUUCUCGUUUCGCGAGUUCAAGAUAGCCUAGCGCGUCGUCAAGAGUCUGUUGAGGAAUUCUUGCGGUCACUUCUGAUUCUGGGAGAAACAGAAUCGCAAGACAUAGAGUUCUCAAGAGCAUAUGCGGAAGCGUUGGAUGAGGGCGCUUCAAUUACCGAGGAUUCGAGAGCUAUUGAGUCGGUCCGGCGUAUGGACGUCAGCGAGCUGCUGGUAAUGCUUCGCAAGGUUGUAUCAAUCUUGCAGAAGGGAGACAGCGGCUUGCUUCUUGGUCCAGCAUCGAAGCAAACGGACAUUGAAUUUCGAGAUGCAUUGGCAAGACAGCUUGUCAAUCUGGAAGAGCUACAAUCAAGGGCAGAAGAGCAGGAGAUUACACUACGGAGCAAGUACAGCGGACAGAGCAAAGUGAUGCGCACAACUGUGAUUGCACAAAGAGUUCAAUUGAGUCAAGACUCGGCUGCGCUGACAGACGAAGACAAGCAACUUACUCAGGCCGUCGACGACAUCACGGGGCUAUUGAUCAGGCAUGUUCAGUCUGUGAGGCCCAGCUCUCUUUUGUUGUCGGAGAGCUGGUUAUACGAUUCUCGAGCCCCAUCGCGAGACGUGUUCGUGCCUCGACCACGGGCAGUUCUAGAACGCAGCCUCACGAGGCCCCACGACUAUUUGUCAUGUUCAUGCUGCAAUCCAGGCGAUGGAGAAACGCCGGCCACUCUGCCGGCCACGGCGCUCUUGUACCGGCUAUACACAGAGACCGGGAGCCUCAUCAACGUGGCAGAUCUCUGGGCUGCAUUCUCAGCGCUUGUAGGCGAGGAGGAGACAGACGAACGCAGGUCGCUGGUGAUGUUUUACCGUGGGCUGGCUGAGCUGAGGGCUUUGGGAUUUGUCAAAGCAAGCAAGAAGAAAGCGGACCACAUUGCCAAGCUGAAGUGGCUCUGA